CCCUGACCGGGACAAGAUGGCGGACGCAGGUACACAAACAGCUAACAUGUGCCGAAAUCGCUUGUUUCUUUGCUGUAUUUACAUCAUCUAUUUACGGACUGCGGUAUUGUAGGGCCUCCCGGAGAGACUGCCAACUUUGCCCUUCUCUUACAUAUAAACAUUGGUACUCCGCUAACUGCGGAGCCCGUUCCGAGCGCCAGAGUUCGUACGUAGUAGCAACGAUUUCGUACUUCUCCGCAGACUUCGUUGCAAAGCUGCUGCUAGACUCUUACGUGAACUGCAGCUGUCAAAACAGGGCGCGAGCUUUCUUGCUUUUUUUUUAGUUCUCUCACGUCGCCACUCGGUGCGACGCGGUGCUUCUUGUAAAACGAAUAAGCUGACAACAGCUGCUCUCGAACUCACAGCGAUCGGUGUUGCUCGCCUGCCGUAGUAACCACAGCGCUUGCCCCUCCACGAUUUCCAGCGACUACGGCGAAGAAAAUGGGCAAAGCCAAAGGCCGCGGGCGCGGUCGCAAGAGCGCGCGCGGCCGCAAAGCCUCGUCCACCGCUGCGGGGAAGAGGAAUGCCGCCGCCAUCGAAGAAGAGGAAGAACUCGAACAGAACCUGUCGGCCGUCGAAGAGGAUGCCGAGAACAACGCAAAAGGCGAACCCACCCUGUGCAACAAGUUUGAGGAGGAAGAUGAUGAACGAAGUCUGUUGGCCGACACGAUUGAGCCCCCGACGUUCUCACCGUUGGGUCGGACGGGGCCGCCCGAGCCGUUGCACCAGAACAAGAAGCUCAGAUGGGACCACAAGGUGAAUCUGAUCGGCGAGAAGCUGAUCAACCCGAUGAUCCACUGCUGUGACAAGUGCACCUUGCCCAUUCUGACUUACGGACGAAUGAUACCGUGUAAACAUGUGUUUUGCUACGAUUGUGCUAAAAAGGCUGACAAGACGUGUUACAGGUGCAACGACAAAGUACAGCGCCUCGAGCAGAGCAAUCUUGGGACAGUGUUUAUGUGCACCUAUGGUGGGAGUCGCCAGGGCAAGGAUUCUUGUCGACGGACAUACCUGAGUCAGAGGGACCUUCAGGCCCACAUCACCCAUCGCCACCUCAAGGGCGCAGCCUCGGCGGCGGCUGCCGCCGCUGCAGCCUCGCAGUCGUCUGCGCUGUCGCAUGGCCUGCCCUCUCAGCAGCAGCAGCAGAUGGCGGCGAUGGUGGCCAGCCACCCUCCGCCACCGCAGCAUCUCAUGGUUCGCGACCCCCGGCAGCAUCCACCACCGGUGUCACAGCACCCGCCCCCACCCCUCGAAGUGUCGCGCGCCAGCGUCCUGCAGCAACCACAGCAGCAGCAGCCUCAGCAGCAAGCACCGCCCCCGCCUCCGCAGAAGACCCUGCCGCCCGAGUACCGAGACAUGCCGCCACCUGUGAUGGCGAGCCAGCAACCGCCACCCCAGCAGAUGGUGGCGCCACCCAGGGCCUAUCAAAGCCAGCAGAACCCCACCGUCAGUCGACCAAACCUCAUCACCGUCCAGAUUCAGGACGACAGCCACAAGAGGGCCGCCGCAGCCGCUGCAGUGGCGGCGGUGAACGCCGCCUCGGCGAACAUGCCGCCUCCGCAGAUGCCUCCCCCGCCGCCGCAGUACGCCCCGCAGCCUCCGCAUAUGAGUCAACCGCCCCCGCCCCAGCAGUCAUACCCGCCGCCGCAGGCUCCGGCAGCGCCGCCCAUGGCCUACAACCCUUCACAGCCUCCGUACACCCAGGGCAUGCCUCCACCCGCCACAUACAACGCCUCGGCCCCGCCGCCGCCUCCACCCCCGGCACGACCUCUUCCACCGCAGUUCGUGCACCAGCCGCCGCCCCAGUUCGCGCAUCCGCCACCUCCGCAGCCGCCGCCGCGAUUCGCAUCGGCCCUGCCCUACGAGGAGCAGAACCACCCGCCCACGUUCCACUGGAGUGGCACGACCAGUAUGCCGCCUCCGAGGCCCUCGACGGUCCUGCCGCCACGGCCCAUCACCGGUCCGCCUCCGCCGUCGACGCCUCCGGGAGCCAUGAUGCAGCAGCGGACAUGCGCGGAGCCGCAGUUUCCUUACUACAGCCAGUGAGCGCAUCUCGAAAGCUGUAUCGUCGAAAGUGUUCAUCGAUUCAUGAUGCCGCUGCAUAUGCAAAGGGGAGCGUAGCUUCUCCCGUUACAGCCUGUGAGUGCGCAUUAAAGGAGCUGUAUCAUUCAA